CGGCGGAAGCAUGGAGGGCGAGAGCACGUCGGCCGUGCUCUCCGGCUUUGUGCUCGGCGCGCUCGCUUUCCAGCACCUCAACACCGACUCGGACACGGAAGGUUUUCUCCUUGGGGAAGUGAAAGGUGAAGCCAAGAAUAGUAUUACUGAUUCCCAAAUGGAUGAUGUUGAAGUUAUUUAUACAAUUGACAUCCAGAAAUAUAUUCCGUGCUAUCAGCUUUUCAGCUUUUAUAAUUCUUCUGGUGAACUAAAUGAGCAAGCACUGAAGAAAAUAUUAUCAAGUGUCAAAAAGGCUGUGGUUGGUUGGUACAAAUUCCGACGUCAUUCAGACCAGAUCAUGACAUUCAGAGAGAGACUGCUUCACAAAAACUUACAAAAUCACCUCUCAAGCCGUGAACUUGUUUUCCUACUGUUAACACCAAGCAUAAUAACGGAAAGCUGCUCUACUCACCGGCUGGAGCAUGCCUUAUAUAAACCUCAGAAGGGACUUUUUCACAGGAUACCAUUAGUGGUGGCCAAUCUGGGCAUGUCGGAACAGCUGGGUUAUAAAACCAUGUCAGGUUCCUGUGAGUCCGCUGGUUUUAGCCGAGCAGUAAAAACACACAGCUCUGAAUUUUUUACAGAAGAUGGAUCUUUAAAGGAGGUACAUAAAAUAAAUGAAAUGUAUGCUUCUUUACAAGAGGAAUUAAAGAGUAUAUGCAAGAAAGUAGAACACAGUGAGCGAGCGGUAGAGAAACUACUAAAGGACGUAACUAGAUUGAAACGGGAAAUUAAAAAAAGAAAACAGGCACAAAUUCAAGUAGCACGAGAGAACAUAGAAAAAGACCCUCAGGAGAACAUUUUUCUUUGUCAAGCUUUACGGACCUUUUUUCCAGAUUGUGAAUUUCUUCAUUCAUGUGUUAUCUCCUUGAAAAAUAGGCAUAUUUCUAAAAGUAGCUGUACUGCCAACCACCAGCUCAAUGUGAUAGACAACCUAACCUUAAUGGUAGAAUACGCUGACAUUCCUGAAGCUAGUGUGGCUAGUGGUGCCCCGCAGAUCGUUAAACGUAAAGCUUUAGAUACCGAUGAUGGAUGGCAGUUCAAGAAGUCACGGCCAUUAGAGAUACAAAACAAACCAUCUAAAACAGAUGCUGAAAGUAGUAAUCAAGAAAAAGCAUCCACGAUGAGCAGCCCUGAAACAGAUGAAGACGUUGAAAAAAUGAAGGGUUCUGGUGAAUAUCCACAGUCUCCUACAUUUUGAUCCUUUUAGGCCAGAGGGACAUUUUUAAUUGGCUGAAGGGUAAAGCCAUUUACAUUGUUUUUACUACGUUUAGGUAUUUGCAGUAAUACGUAAGUUCUGGUACAUUUAUUUUUUAAAGCAAUUUAUUUUAAAACCAUAACCUUUUUUGUCCACCCCCCUCCCCACCUUUGUUAA